AUGGGUAAAAUGGAAAAGAUCUAUUCGUUCAAGGAUAUCAAGGCAUUUGCAUGGGACUACACGCGACUAGCAUUGUGCGCGCAGGAGCAGGCCAGCGGAGAGUGCCAAAUCACCCUCAGUCCGUGUAAAGUGGACGGCAUCCCGCUCUCGCACGUGUCUCCGAUAGAGUCUCUGGGCGAUGGCGUGGCUCUUGCCGCGGUCGAGACAGAGUAUGCAGCUGGAACUCCUAAGGACUGCCUUGUUGCUUGCAGGCUGAUGGGACUGAUGGAAGGUCGAAGGCGCUGCUAUGUAUUCCCGCUGUUGGCCUUAUCUCUGGGCAAUUCGUCUCGGGAAUGCUGCUGUGGAACACAAAGAUGCUUCUUGGAUUUUACUGACUACCAGGUGGACCUGUACCUGCGGCAGUCGUGGGUGGACGAGCGGCUCAACCACGACGACAUCAAGCAGCCGCUCGACCUCAACGACCCCAACCUCGUCAAGGCCAUCUGGAAGCCCGAGGUCUACUUCCCCAACGCCAAGCACGCCGAGUUCCAGUUCGUCACCGUGCCCAACGUCCUCGUCAGGAUCAACCCAAACGGCGAGAUCCUCUACAUGCUCAGGCUGAAGCUGGUGUUCGCCUGCAUGAUGGAACUCUCCAAGUUUCCGCUCGACUCGCAAAUCUGCACCAUGGAGAUCGCCAGCUUCUCGAAGACGAUGAAGGAGCUGAGCCUGUCGUGGAAGAGCGACGCCCCCAUCAAGAUGUACAAGAACAUGCGGAUGCCGCAGUUCGAGAUGGAGGAGAUCGUCCCCACCACCUGCCAGGAGUCCUUCCAGAUCGGUAACUACAGCUGUCUGGUGGCGGAGUUCCACAUGCGGCGCGCCAUCGGCUUCCACUUCGUCCAGAGCUACCUGCCCACCACGCUGAUCGUGGUCAUCUCGUGGGUGUCCUUCUGGAUGGACGUGGACUCCGUGCCGGGGAGGACCACGCUCGGCGUCACCACGCUGCUCACCGUCUCCUCCAAGUCGUCGGGUAUCCAAGCCGGGCUUCCACAGGUGUCCUACGUGAAGGCAAUUGACGUGUGGAUGGGUGCUUGUACAGCCUUCGUCUUCUGCGCACUUCUGGAGUUCACCUUCGUCAACUACCUGUGGCGGCGGCGGCCACAAGCCGACAUCCGCGGAGGCCCCAACGGCAAGUGCCUGCCCACCCAGUGCCCGCAGUUCACGACCGUCGUCACCACGCCCGCGGAGCCCAAGUCGGUGAUCGCGAGUCUCACCGGGCCAGCGGACACGACGCCCCCGCCCGCGACGCCCGCUGACGGGAAGGGCGCGGGCAGCCCCGGCCUCGAGGACUCGACGCAGUUCGCUCGCACCUUCAAGCAGAGCAACAAGAUCAGGGCGAGACAGAUCGACGAGUACUGCCGUGGCAUCUUCCCUCUUCUCUUCAGCUUCUUCAACAUCUUCUACUGGUGCUACUAUUUACUCUAGAACUGUUGUCCCAUGCCGCAGCUUGCCGUCGCCUGCUGGUACCCUGUCCUUUGUCCCCGUCGGGCGCGAAGGACCCACCCAUCCUGUGUCAAGGUCUCCCUCCGAGUUUAUCGUGUAUUCGCGCUUCGCUGAAUGCACAACUCGAUGCCUCUCUUCCUUUCAUGCUGCAGCGUUCCGAGGACUCGCCCUGCAGCGCCCUCCGUAGGACCGGGACUCUCAUCCGACACACAGGACACUUCAUCCCUCUGAGCCCCGCCUCGGCUCUUUUCCGUGCAGGAUUGGUCGGCAGAACGGCCUGCCCCGAAGUCAAAGGCCUGUGCUGAAAGCCUUGUUGCAGGAGGAAAGGCUUGUCUAUUGCCAGCAUCAGUUAUGACAAUGUCGAUAUGUUGAAAGCAAACCCAAAAAUUAAUGAUAUAUCUGAAUUAAAGCUUUGAUGUAGUUGAUAAGAAAACACACAUAUGGCAUUUUUCUACUUUAGUCUACAAGCACACUGUGCAGUAAUUGUUUUGCCUUUCUUUCUCUCCAACACUUGACGCAUUUCUACUUUCCAUUCCUAAUUAUAUUUGUUCAUGUAUAGACUCUAACGACGUAGACAAAGUGGUGUAUUGCUUUCCUACCAAACCAUAAACUUACAUAUAUAUGUGUGUGUGUGUGUACGCGUGUGUGUAUGUGUGUAUGUGAGUGUGUGUGUAUACGCGUGUGUGUAUGUGUG